AUCCGCCGCUCGCUGCAGGGAUCAAAUCUGCACCAUCUGACGCUGAAGGAUUUAUGGGUUUAGUCAAAAUUGCUUUUCCCACUGUGGAGAUUAAGCACCGGAGGACGUAGGAUGUUUUCCGGGCUGUAGAAUAAACCGGUGUAGCUUUGCUUUGCUUUGCUUUGCUUUGCUCGCUGCUUUUUUUCCCCCCUUCUUUCAACGUAGGAGCUCAUACGCUGGCUGAGGGGAUGCCUGGGGAAGUAGUUGGAGCCCAAAAGAGGAGCACGUUCUGACUGACAGGAGAGAGAGAAAGAGAGAGAUCCUUCCUCCGGGGAAUGUGAGCCAUGCGGGUGGAUACCGUGCUUGUGUUCUUCAUCUCCGCGAACCUGGCGGGCGCCGCCGGGAAUAUGGCUCGGUCGCGAGGUCACAAGCUGGAGACCUUUAAACAAAGCAGGUCCCGAAGAGAAACAAGAAUGGAUGGAGGUUCAGGUCACAAAACAGGAAGCCCAAUCUACAAGAGAAGCCCUGACAUGACCAAAUCCCUGAUGACUAAGUCCGAGCAGCUUCUCAGAAUAGAUGACCACGAUUUCACCAUGCGGCCGGCGUUUGGAGGUCCUCCUAUUCCAGUCGGAGUAGAUGUUCAGGUGGAAAGUUUGGACACCAUAUCAGAAGUGGAUAUGGACUUCACCAUGACACUCUAUCUACGCCAUUACUGGAAGGACGAGCGACUGUCAUUCCCUAGCACCAACAAUCAAAGCAUGACCUUCGACAGUCGCCUAGUGAAGAAGAUUUGGGUUCCGGAUAUGUUCUUCGUGCACUCCAAGCGGUCUUUCAUCCAUGACACCACCACCGACAACGUCAUGCUGAGGGUUUAUCCCGACGGCAACGUCCUGUAUAGUCUUAGGGUCACUGUCACCGCCAUGUGCAACAUGGACCUCAGCCGCUUCCCACUCGACACCCAGACGUGCUCUCUAGAGAUCGAAAGCUACGCGUACACCGACGACGACCUGAUGCUUUACUGGAAGAAAGGCAACGAAUCCCUAAACACGGACGACAGAAUAUCCCUUUCCCAGUUCCUCAUCCAGAAAUUUCACACCACCACCAAACUGGCUUUCUACAGCAGCACAGGCUGGUAUAACCGCUUGUACAUCCACUUUACACUGCGGCGCCACAUCUUCUUCUUCCUGCUGCAGACUUAUUUCCCUGCUACGCUCAUGGUCAUGUUGUCUUGGGUUUCCUUUUGGAUCGACCGCAGGGCAGUACCUGCCAGAGUCCCCCUAGGCAUCACUACUGUGCUCACCAUGUCCACCAUCAUCACCGGAGUCAACGCCUCCAUGCCGCGGGUGUCCUACAUCAAGGCGGUGGACAUUUACCUGUGGGUCAGCUUCGUUUUUGUCUUCCUGUCGGUGAUCGAGUAUGCCGCCGUCAACUACCUUUCAACGGUGCAGGAGAGGAAAGAGAGGAAACUGAGGGAGAGACUGCCCUGCACGUGCGGCAUCGGCAACCCGGACGACAUGAUGAUCGACCCGCAGAUCACCGGCUACGGCACUAUGGACGUCAACACCACGGGGAACUACAGCAUGCCGGAAAACGGCGGACGCCAGGAUCGGAUUCUGGCUCAGGUGGCCCUGAACGAUCCUCAGCUGACGGGUCAAGUGAAGCCCGCGAGAGGCUACGUGAACAUAUGGAUCGACACGCACGCCAUAGACAAAUACUCGCGGGUGGUCUUUCCCGGCGCUUACAUCCUCUUCAACAUCAUCUACUGGUCCAUCUACUCGUAAGAUGCGCGCGUGGGAGCGUCGUCCUUUCUGCGGAGAACUCUGCAAUGGAACUGGGAACAACCGACACUCGAAAGACUCGGCGGAAACGCCGCGGAGAAAUGAGGACCGCCGCCUUCUCAACAACAGCCUCUUACAACCGGUGAACUGCACAGGUUUCAUUUUAAACACGUGUGUCUGGUGCAUGUGUGUGCGUUUGUCAUGCUGCGGCGUCCGCUGAAAGACAUUCCAUGCCGCCUAAUGCACUGCCUGCUAUGUGAGGUGAGAGCAGCACUUUUUCAUUUUUCAACAGACGCAACUGCCACACAAAUAUCUUACCAACUAUGAAUUAUACUGGUGGUCUUGGGAUUGCUCUUUGAUAUUCCACCAGCAAUUAAGUCCCCUUUACGGGGGCUUCAACAUGCCUUGAAAUGUUUUGCAAGUGCAUGUAAGCUGGUGAAAAUUGAGGAUCCUAAAAGGUUUUCAGUCCCACAAGAAAGAUUGAAGAUAUGAUUCCUGACACUCCAACAUGAGGGGGACACGUCGAAAUAGUAUGCAUGACAAUGACUGAACACAAAGCAUAAAACUCAUAAUUAUGACAUGACAGAUGUCAUUAAGCGUCAUCCGGCAAUUCAUGUCCCUUUAAAAGAUGCGGAUUGGACAUCAAUGGAGUGAGUGACAUAAUGUGCCCAAUGACACUUAUGACAUCUGUCAUAAGCAUUCAUUAAGGGAAAGUUCAGAAUUUUUAACAUUAGGCUUCAUUUUUGAGUUAGCGGGGGUUUACAGUAAUUAGUCAGGGAGUUGGUUUCCAACAAAUUCCGUGCAGUUUGUUAGUUAUUUGUUAGUUUCAGGGCUCCGGAGUGGCUAAGCUAGCGCUAGUUAAUGAUGCUUGCUUAGGGUGACCUUAUUUUGAGUUCCAAAAAUAUAAUAAAUAAUAUGAUAAUUUAUAAAAUGGGGACCAGAACCCACCGCGAUAAGUGGAGAACCGCGAAAUAGCACCCCACCCCCUGCCCGCACAAUUUUUUUUUUUGUUCUUUUUUUGUGUUCAAUGUAUUUAUUCAGAUUUAGCAUUGGAAAGAGAUACAUUUAAGACAUUUUAGAUAAAAAAUAAUAAUAAUAAUGUUUAAAAACUAUGUAUGUUUAUAAUAAAUGGUUUUUAAGCAAUUCAAUUUAAUUCAAUUUUAUUCCUAUAGCCCCCUAUCACAACAAGGUUGUCUCAGAGGGUUUUGCAGAGGAAAUAUGAUACACAGUCAGAAACAGUAGAUGAAUUAAAUAAAGUUCAAGUCCAAGUCCUGGGCAUCCCUCAGCCUUAGACUCUCCAUGUCGGCAAGGAAAAACUCCAAAAACCCUUUGGAAAAAAUGAUGUUGUUAAAAAUAAAAAUAAAAAUUUUAGACUGUAUGUGGCAGUUAUGACAGAACGCAUGGAAUCACAGGAGUGCCGAAAUAAAUUUAAAAAAAAAACACACACACAUGAAUUAAUAAAUAUAAAGGGAAAUAAAUGAAUAAAUAAAAAGUAACUUUUUUAUUGGCUUUCACGUCAUUAAAAAAAGUAAAAAAUCCAAACUAUUUUUUGUCGUUGAUAUUUCUAUUUUGCUUGCCUUUUCUAUUUGCUUUUAACGAAAGGAAUGAUCUGUCAAUCAAAUGACGUUGGGAGGAACUGAAACUAAACUUCAAAUAGUUUAAAUGUGUUUAAACAACAAAUCUGUAUACAAAUGAUAAGGCAUAGACAAUAAAUAAAUAAUGAAUUGCCCAAAUAAAAUUUGAUACAAAACUAAUCAUUCUGAUAAUUCCCAGGUACCAACGUAUUGCCAUCAAGCGCGGAAUACAUCUCCAUCUUAUUGACAUGAGUCGCCGUAUAUUUUGUGUGAUUUGGAACAAUGGUGCCACCAGGGCUCCCCCCAAUGAAUUUGUUGGCCACCCGACUCGCCAGUAUGUCAGAUUAUAGUAGCUGCGGAAAACCUUGACUGGACUAUUAUGGACUACGCACAUUAACACAAUAUAAUAGUAUACAAUAUAACACUAUCAACUAAAGAUGUCCCGAUCCCGAUCGAUCGGGUUCGAUCACGUCAUUUUCAAAGUAUCGGAAUCGGCAAAAAAAUAUCGGACAUGCCUUUUUUAAAUAUAUAUAUAUAUAUAUAUAUAUUUUUUUUUUUUUUUUCUUAAAUCGUUUUCUAAUUGUAUUUCACGUUACAGACAAAAUGUCUUACACUCAUCCAGAGUCUUUAGUUGUGGCUUAAAGUAGGACUGUCAAAUUUAUCGCGUUAACGGCGGUAAUUAAUUAUUUUUUUAAUAAAUCACGUUAAAAUAUUUAAUGCAAUUAACGCAUGCGCUGAACGGCCCACUCACGCAUUGUCGCGUUCAAUCUAUAAUGGUGCCGUUUUACCUAUAUAUAGAGCUAAAAGGCAGUGUAAAAUGAGUAGAGUGGAUUUAGGCAGUCUUUGGAGCCUUUAUUUAAUUGGCUAAAGCCUUAAAAUCCCCCUCUCAACAACUAAAAAUAUCGUGGUAAGCAAUGUGGGGAAGAAAGGUAGUAGUUGAUCUUUUUCUUAACACCAUGUUAUUUCUCAACGCAGAGAAGAUAUAUCAAUUGGUGUCACUACGCACAGUCAUGGUUGCACUUCCCAUCAUGCAUUUGGGCAGAACAGUUAAAUGGCUACAGUAUCGUUUACUGAAAGCUGAACAAAUACACUAGAUGGCAAUAUUUAGUCACAAUAUACAAAGUCACAUUUAUCCUUUAAGAAUUACAAGUCUUUCUAUCCAUGGAUCCCUCUCACAGAAAGAAUGUUGAUAAUGUAAAUGCCAUCUUGAGGAUUUAUUGUCAUAAUAAACAAAUACAGUACUUAUGUUGAAUGUA